AUGACAAUAGGGAGAAUGGAGAACGUGGAGGUCUUCACUUCUGAGGGCAAGGGCAGGGGUCUGAAGGCCACUAAGGAGUUCUGGGCUGCGGAUGUCAUCUUCGCCGAGCGGGCUUAUUCUGCAGUGGUUUUUGACAGCCUGGUUAACUUUGUGUGCCAUACCUGCUUCAAGAGGCAGGAGAAGCUCCAUCGCUGUGGACAGUGCAAGUUUGCCCACUACUGUGACCGCACCUGCCAGAAGGAUGCUUGGCUGAACCACAAGAAUGAGUGUUCAGCCAUCAAGAGAUAUGGAAAGGUGCCCAAUGAGAACAUCAGACUGGCGGCCCGCAUCAUGUGGCGGGUGGAGAGAGAGGGAACCGGGCUCACAGAGGGCUGCCUGGUCGCUGUGGAUGACCUGCAGAACCACGUGGAGCACUUUGGGGAGGAGGAGCAAAAGGAGCUGCGGGUGGACGUGGACACUUUCUUGCAGUACUGGCCUCCCCAGAGCCAGCAGUUCAGCAUGCAGUACAUCUCACACAUCUUCGGAGUGAUUAGCUGCAAUGGCUUCACGCUCAGUGACCAGAGAGGCCUGCAGGCAGUGGGCGUGGGCAUCUUCCCCAACCUGGGCUUGGUGAACCACGACUGUUGGCCCAACUGCACCGUCAUAUUUAACAAUGGCAAUCAUGAGGCAGUGAAAUCCAUGUUUCACACCCAGAUGAGAAUUGAGCUCCGGGCCCUGGGCAAGAUCUCAGAAGGAGAGGAGCUGACAGUGUCCUAUAUCGACUUCCUUAAUGUCAGCGAAGAGCGCAAGAAGCAGCUGAAGAAGCAGUACUACUUUGACUGCACGUGUGAGCACUGCCAAAAAAAGCUGAAGGAUGACUUGUUUCUGGGGGUCAAAGAUGACCCAAAGCCAUCUCAGGAGGUGGUAAAGGAGAUGAUACAGUUCUCCAAGGAUACACUGGAAAAAAUUGACAAGGCUCGCUCUGAGGGUCUGUACCAUGAGGUUGUGAAAUUAUGCCGGGAGUGCCUGCAGAAGCAGGAGCCAGUGUUUGCCGACACCAACCUCUACACGCUGCGGAUGCUGAGCACUGUUUCCGAGGUCCUCUCCUACCUCCAGGCCUUUGAGGAGGCCUCGUACUACGCCAGGAGGAUGGUGGAUGGCUAUAUGAAGCUCUACCACCCCAACAAUGCCCAACUGGGCAUGGCCGUGAUGCGGGCAGGGCUGACCAACUGGCAUGCUGGCAACAUUGAGGUGGGGCACGGGAUGAUCUGCAAAGCCUACGCCAUUCUCUUGGUGACACAUGGACCCUCCCACCCAAUCACCAAGGACUUAGAGGCCAUGCGGGUGCAGACGGAGAUGGAGCUGCGCAUGUUCCGCCAGAACGAGUUCAUGUACCACAGGAUGCGCGAGGCUGCCCUGAACAACCAACCCAUGCAGGUCAUGGCUGAGCCCAGCAAUGAGCCAGCCCCGGCUCUGUUCCAUAAGAAGCAAUGA